GUGGCAUGAUUUUAGGGUAAAGCCAUUCUAAAAAUCUGUUUCUUUUUAUAUUUCAGGUCAAAUGAAAACCAAUUUCUGCUGAGCUUGUUCAUAUUGUGAUUACUAAUACACAGUAAUCUGAACGUAUCUGCCAAUAAUGAAGAUGAAUUUUUUAAGUAAUCAUUCAUUCAUCAAUUGCUUUUGGCCCUUUGUUGUACCCUGGUCGCUUCUUUCGGUUUCGUAAUCCUACACAGUUGGCAGGACUCCUUGGAUGGAGAAUUAGCAUGUUGCAAGGCUGCACAAACACAGAUAUCCAUGCUAUAUAAACAUAACAUGUCGCCAUAUUCUGGAUACCCGAUAUUCUGAAGGAUUUUGAAGGUGUUGCAUGCAUAUAAGGCAAAAACAUCUACGUAGAUUAAAGUAGAUAUUUUCGAGGUGCAUAUACAUAACAUUCAGCAAAGGAAAUUCAAAAUACACCAAACGUCUUGAAUUCACACCACAAAUAUAAAAACACUGAUGUGCAAGCAUCGAAAAAUGUUCUUAGUGAAUGUCACAUGGACCUUUCGAGCUAUGCUGUACUUGUAAAAUGUGAUUAUAACUUGGCAGCAAACGGAACAACAUGAAGACAAACAUAACCGCUUUUCCAGCUAAUUUUAAGGAACAUUAGCUCCUCAAAAGUUGGCGACAGAAUGCGCGUAGAAUCAGUGCAAGGAGUUCCUUCCUGUGAAUCUGAAUAAUGGAAAUCCGUGGUGUGCAGUUAAACCUAUAAUAAACAAUGUUGUAGGUUAUGUGUUAUCAAUAAUGGGAUCAGUGCCUGUCUUUGUGAACAGAGUUAUUCAAAUUUCUAACAGCAUUUCAAAAACUAAUGUAAUAAGUCGCAUCCCGCUGUGCAAUCGCAUUAGUAUUCGUGUUGCAAGCCAGUCUCUCUUAAUUAGAGAAUUGACAAGCGUGAAUGAUGAUGAUUUGUAUGAAAUUAAUGAUUUGUAUGAACGAGACAGAGAAUAUAACAAGAAAGCAACAGUUUCUAUGCUGAUGGAAUUGCUUGAGUGCCCUGUUAAAGAAGUGGAAUCAAUGGUACAGAGGUGUCCGGAACUUAAGUUUGUGAGUUCGAAAAAUAUGCAGUGUAACAUUCAGUUCUUUAAAGAGAAAGGCGUUUCAGAAGAAGUUUUGUAUCAUAAUCCAUGGCUGUUGAAGUAUAAAACAGGGUCACUGUCAUAUAAGCUGAAUAUUCUUGAGAAAAUGAAGUUGGCUGAUAUAUCUGCAGUAAUACCUCUUCUUCAGCUUCCUGUACCUAAACUCAGAAACUUUGAAUCAUUGACGAAGAAAGAGUCCCGCAAAGUGCCUCAUGGUAACCGCCUUAAGUACACAAGUGAAAAGCUCCAGUGCAAUUUGGAAGACGUGUGUAAGGUGUUUCAGCAGCACAAGUUUCUAUUCACUAUCCCAUUUGACCGCUUUUCAGCCAUCAUGGAUCUUCUGCUUGACGCAGGAGUUUGUCCUCUGCACAUCCUGAACGAUAUGUGGAUAUUCCGUUACAGUGCAAAAAAAACUGCAGAGCGGCUAAGCAUAGCUAAGAAAGCAGGAGUUGCCACUAUCAAACCAUGGAUGUUGCGGUGUUCAAAUAAAAUAUUUUCAAAUUUACUGCAGAGAGCAGUGGUGAAAAAAGAGCUUCUCGGUGAGGGUUCAGUAGUUGAAUACCUCUCUCAACAACUGCAAUGUGAUACUGAAAUUGUAGAAUAUUUAAAUUCAAAAUACCCAUCGAUAAUAAGGAUUCAAGUGUCCAAAUUGAAGGAAGUAUUUGAUUUUGUGUAUGCAGAAGGAUACACCCCUCAACAUGUACUCCAGGUCCCUCGUAUACUGUUUCAUAGUAUUGAGACGACAAAGUCGCGUCUUUUAGAAUUGAAGGGCUUGGGCUAUAAACCACAUACUCUCCUGGUGCUGUGUAAAAGCAAGCGUCAGUAUCAACAGUUUGUGGAACAGGUGAAAGUUAAGAAAAACCAGCAGUGCAAUUAAUUUAUUUAAAACUGU